GCUAUACAAAAUAUAAUUUUAAUUAAUAAGGAUUUUGAAAUUUAUUAUUUAUCAAAUAAUGAAUGGGAUUAUCUUGAAAAAAUUUAUAAAAUAUUACAUUAUUUUAAAGAAGCAACUGAUUAUGCUGAAGAUAAAUUGAAUGAUACAAUUGAAGAUAAUACAGAACAAAUUAUUAAAAAUGCUACAAAUGCUGCAAAAAAUAAAAUUCUUAAAUAUUAUUCAUUUACAGAUAAAGAUUUAUAUAAAAUUUCUAUAAUAUUAGAUCCUAGAUUAAAAUUAAAAUAUUUUAAAAAUAAUAAUUUUAAUUCUACAUAUAUUACUGAAGCAAAAAAUCUUAUUUUUAAAAUUUGGAAUCAAGAGUAUAAAGAAAAAUAUCCAAAUAUGCUUCAGCAAAAAAGAAAUGAUAGUAAUAAUAAAUAUGAUGAUAUAUUUCAACAUGUUUUUAAACAAAGAAAAGUUGAUUAUACUGAUGAACUAGAAGACUAUCUUUCUGCUUCUAUUGAAAAGAAAAAUAUAGAUAUUCUUUUAUGGUGGAAGUCACAAGUAACAUAUCUAAAUUUAACAAGAAUGGCUCAAGAUUAUUUAGCUAUUCCAGCAACAAGUGCACCUAUAGAACGAAUUUUUUCUAAUGCUACGGAUUUAAUUACACCUAAAAGAAAUAAUUUAAAAG